AUGGAGUUCCUGCGGGUGGUGGAGGAGGAGCUCAGAGGUCUUGCGGCAGAGGCCCGUCGACGACACCCGGUCGUGCAGGAGGCGGCGGAAAGGGCCAUUCUGAAGCUGAGAAACAUGCGCGAGGAGUACGCGGUGGCGCUCAGGCAGCAGCACGAGGGCAAUGCUCCGCCGCUCUCCAUGUUCCGGUCCCAGGACCUUCUCCGACCCUUCCUCUUGGCGUGCAACCAUGCCGACGCGUCGCCGCACCUGAUGAUCAUGGCCAUGGGCUCCAUCCAGUACCUCAUCAACCGAGACGCCAUCCUGCCGUCCGACGCCCCAAACAUUCUUAGAGUCCUGGCUAUCCAGAGCCAGAGCAAGGACGCCGACGUCCAGAAGCGGGUGCUGCAGACGAUGGUGAUGGUCGUGACUUGGAAGAGCUGCGACAUGACCGAGGACACCGUGGCACAGGCAUUGGGCGUCUGCCUCGGGCUCCAUGACGCCAAGAACGCCAUGGUGCGCACCGCCGCCGACAUGACGGUUCGCCAGAUCAUCUCGCUCCUCUUCGACCGAGUCGCCGACGAGCUUGGUGUAACCGCCGCCGCCGCCGCCGCCGCCGCUGCCGCUAAUAACGCCUCUGGCAGCGGUGCCGCCGCCAACCCGGCUCAAGCCGCUGCCGGCGGCUUCGCCGUCGCCGGGGAUAGGGUUAUGGAGAUGCGUGGUGAGGACAGCGAGGCCGGCACGGCGGAGGAGGCUGUGGUAGAAGAGGAGGACGAGGGGGGUGGGGGCGGGGCGGGGGAGGGGGCUCUGCGGUGCGCCCAUCUCGUGUUUCAGGAUCUGUGCGUGCUAUCGAGGGGCGAGCAAGGCCAGUGGAUCAAGCGGACCAGCGUGUCGGCUACUUUGGGGCUAGAGUUGGUGGAACAGGUGCUAUCGCAGCAGCCGAUCUUGUUUAGAAGGUUUAAAGUCCUCAGGCGGUUGCUGUCACAGGAGGUGUGCCCGCUCAUACUGCAGAUCCUCCGGCGUCGGAUGGACUUCCCGUUGCUGGUGCGGCUGUUGAGGGCGGCUAGCACGCUGACGGUCACGUAUGGGGAUCUCCUUCCGAAUGAGGCCCACGCGAUUUUGUCCACCAUGCUCGGGUCGCUCGGCACGGGUCUCGGCAACGAGGUCGAUCAUCAUCAUCCAGGAGGGGGGCGAGACGGAGGAGGCGGUGCUAUCGGUUUCUCUCCGGUUGACGACGACGGAGCGGGGGGUUGCGUAUCGUGGGCGGCCGUGCUUUCCCUGGAGGCCAUCCACAGGGUGCUCGCCAGCCCUCCGGUCGUGUUGGAGUUGUUCCGGCAUGGGGGGAAGGAGAAUAGCGGCAGCAACGGCGGCAGUGGCAGCGGCACCGCGACAGUGGUAGAGGAGAUGCUGCACGCCGUCUCUCAGCACUUGGUGCGGAACCUCAGCAACCAGAGCGACAUACAAGGCUUGGAGGGGAUGGCUCUGGCUAUAAGGCUCGGGCGCAUCGGGUCUCCAUCGUCCUCGGCGUCCCCCGGAGAGGGAAAACGGCUCCCCCCCCCCCCUUCCUUGACGAACGCCCUCGCUAGGGACAAGGAUUCCCAAAACAAUGCUUUAUCACCGCCAUCAUCGUCUAGGGGAGGAGCUGCCCCCACUCCCAGGCCUAGCGGGGCCAACAAUAGUAACAGCAGGGGGGGAGGGGGGGGGGGCAGCGGCACGCGGUCGUCGUCGUUGGAGCUGCUGCACGAGACGGAACAGCCCCCUCUGGACGAUGCGGAGCUGCUGCUCUGGGCCCUGCAGUGCGUGGUCGACUUGGCGGCCUCGGUAGGAUCGCUUGUCGACGACGAAUUCGGUACCUCUGACACGGGACUAGUCGUGCCGAGUUCCGUGGGGCUUGUGCCGGGGGAAUCGCCUCCCGAUCGCAGCCGUCGGCACACGCUCAAGAGGAUGUGCGAGGUCGUAUGGGGUCCGGUGCUGUCUUCCCUGAGUCACGUCAUGAUGCACUGCUCGGACCCUAUCGUUGUGUCGACCGCGGUUGACGGUUACAAGGCCUUCGCCGUAGCCGCGGGGAUCCUGGGUGUCGAAAACGCCUUGGACGGGUUCAUGGGCAGCUUGUGCCGGUUCAGCCUUCCCCAGUGGCACGGCACCGACGUCGUUGUCGGCGGGGGCGCUAGUAGCGGGGCGGCGGGAGGGGGGGUACACGGCGGGGGUUCGCCCGCCCUCGGCUGGAAUCAUGUCGGUACGCUGGAGAGCGUCCUCCAGGUGGUGCACCGCCUGGGCAACCUCCUGCGUGGGUGUUGGCAUGUGAUUUUGGACACCCUCGAGCAGGCUGCGGGUCUCCUCGGCAGGAGGGCCAUCGCGAGACCUAGGUGGUCCCCGCAGUCCCCCGAGACGGAGCUUUUGGAGGUGGAGCGGCACUGCAACGAGGUUCUCCUGGCAGCGGAGCGUCUAGUGGAGUUCUCGACUUGCCUGGAAGAUGAGGCCUUGUACGGCCUCAUGUCCUCGCUGCAGGCGCUAGCGGUGGUGGACUUAGCCAACACGUCCACCGUGCUGCCGCAGGAGCGCUCUAUCGCCAGAGAGCGAGAAGCGGCCCAGUCGCAGGCCAACGGGGCCGGCGGAGAAGGCAGAGGGGCUGGCGCGGCCGCCGUUGCCGCCGCAAGCGGGCUCGUGUCCUUCGUGGGGGCGGCAGCGAGGGGUGUUGGCGCGGCCAUGUCCGAAGGCCGGGAGGUCUUGAACCGGGAUCGGGACAACCGCAACAACAGCAACAGCAACAGCAACAGCAGCAGCAACGUGAACAUGAGCGCGAAAGCUGCGAAAGGGGGACUCGGGGAAGCUAGAGCUCACAUCCCCUGGGUUUCAUCUCGCCUUGUCGUCGAGUGCGCCGUGGCCAACACGUGGCGUCUGCCGGUGGUGUGGGAGCUGGUCUCCGGACACCUCCGGGUAGUCGCCAAGGCCAGGGAGCCGGCGAAGCGAGAGUACGCGGUGCGGGCGCUCCGCGAGCUCAUCGUGGACGGCGUGCAAAGGCUCCACCCCCUCCCGGCCGCCUCCUCCCCCGCUCCUCCAGACAGCAGCAACGACAACACCGCCUCUCCCGAAGCCAUUGGCAGCACUGGCACCGGUCCCACUCCUCCGGCGAAUGCCCCUUCCCCUCCACCGGGAAACAGCCCUAGCAGUGCUGCCGACGCACCAACCACAACAACGUCGGGCGGCGGCGGCGGCGGCGGCGGGACAACGGCCGCCCCCCCUACCCCAAGGGGAGGGAACGGCCCCCCCAGUGGGCAGGAAGAAGGGUUCCUUCCGAACUUUCUGGGUCUGCGAGCCCGCCUCGAAGGGUUCGGAGAAGAAGAGGCGCCCUUUCGGUGGGUGUUCGACUGCGACGUUGGGGGCGUCUUCUUGGCGGUCCGGGGCAGGGCGGCGAGGAGGACUACCGUCGGGGGCGGGGAGGCCUUCGAGGGGGUCUUGUUCAGGACCAUGGGACUGUUCGCGCUGACGCCCCACGUGGACACGAGGGAGGCCACCCUGCAGAGCCUCUACACCAUCCUCCAGGCGAGGCGGGAGCCACAAUCCUGCGGGCAGGUGCUAGAUUCCGCCUGGCCCGUCAUCCUGAACCUGUUGCUGUCAGUCGCGAAGGGGGCCACCAGCGCCGCCCCCCCUCCCCCCUCCCCCCAAAAGCCUGCCGCGGUGGCGGCUGCCGCCGAGUCAAAGGUCGGCGACACCGACAACGACGCGGCGGCAGGGGAGUACGAUGAUGAGGAGGACAGCGGCGCGGCCGACAUGAGGCCGGUGGUGUGGGGCGGGGCCUGCCUGUCCCUCGCGUUCAAGUGCCUCCAGCUUGUGGUGGACGACUUCUUGGAGCGGUUGCCGAGGGAGCAGGUGCCCAGGCUGGUCACGUGCGCGGGAGCCUUCGGGGCGCAGACGGAGAGCGUCAACCUUAGCCUCACCGCCAUAGGGAUGCUGUGGACCGUCUGUGACACCUUCGCGGAGGACGCCACGGCUGGCGGAAACCCGGCCCCGGCGGCCCCGGGGGGUAACAAGGACUUCUUACCGCCUAGCGGAAAUAACGUCCCCACUGGGGGGGGAAAGGACGUCCUGCCGCCGCCGCCGUUGUCUGGCCCGUCCUCUUCUUCCUCUUCUUCCUCUGGACACAAGUCCUCUUCUUCCUCUGCGCACAAGGCGAGGCCGUCAUUGCGGUCGCUGUGGCCCACCAUGCUGUUCCAGCUCAGGAGCCUGUCGGUGGACUUCAGGCCGGAGCUGAGGAACUGCGCGGUGAACACGCUCUUCUCCGCCGCCGUCGGGAACGGCGACGGGUUGAGCGAGUCGGACUGGAAGCAGUUCUUGCAGGAGGUUACCUUCCCGCUGAUCGAACAGGUGCUCGAGAGCACCAACAGUGCUAGCAGGGGCGCCAACACUGCCGUGGCGCCAGAGCUCAAGAAGGGCGUGCGCAUGCUCAUGCACCACACCAGGGACACGGACCAGAAGCAGUGGAACGAGACCAGGGUGUUGGCGAUGCAGGGUCUCGGACGAGUCCUCCGAGCCUACGUCACGGUGCUGUCCUCCUGGGACUGGUUCUCCGGAGAAGGGGGCGUGUGGACCAGGUCCCUCGAGGUCUACCGGGACGCGUGCCUCGUGGGCAGCGACAGUCAGGAGGUUUCCCUGAGUGGGGUCGACGGGAUCACCACCAUGGUGCUGCUCGUCGGCAGGAUGGGCCUCAAGUCCGUACAGGGGCUCGCGGCCGUCUACAAGGCAGGGGUGGAGGAAGGGGCGGAGCUGUGUCCCGGGCAGGAGGGAGAGGAGGAGAGGAUGCGGCAGCUGUUCGAGACGCUGGACGGACUCUUUGCUCCGCGCGUUGCCCCGGCCUCCGGUGGUGGCGGUGGUGCCCCUCAAGCCACCGACCCGCGGCGCGCCGUGUACAUGCCAAAGGUCACACCGGGGCAACGCGCCAUCUUAGAGUUCUUGCAGGAGGACCUGCGCACGGGGUGGCGGUUGGCCGUGAGGUUGCUCGCCAAGUACAGCGUCGUCGUUGACGGUAGCGAGGAGGCAUCAUCCGCGGCGGCGGCGGCGGCGGCGGCGGCGGCUGCCGGGCCUGGCGGUGUGAGCGUUGAGUGCGUGAGGGAAGUGGCCGCUGCCCUGUCGUCCGUGAUGUCGAACGGGAGGGUGCCGAAGCGGGACAGCGCUGUAGCCCUGGAAGGGCUGCUGUUCGACGUGUCCGCCCCUUGUGUUCGGAGACUGGAAGGUCUGCGGAAGCACAGGUCGAGGCCGGAUAGCGCAGCAGCUGCAGCAGGAGCACCGCCAACACAGCGGUCGGCAGCAGCGAUGCCGGGGGCGGCCGUGGCAAGCGCGACUGACGACGCGCCCGUGUCGAGCUGGCCGUCCCUGGAUAGCUACUCGGAGGUGAUGCAGCUGGUGCUGGCUCUGCUGACCGACGGUCUCCCCAGCGUUGCCGACCCGGCAUCCUUCCAGCAGGGCAAACGCGAUCAAGAAAGAGACAAGAGCCUCGUGAGCUGUCUCAAGGUGGCCAUCAAGGGGAUCGGUGCCGUUGCCGAGUGUCGGAGGCUUAAGAUGGCUUUCCUGAAGAAGGACUUGUCCUUGGGGUCCCCGCAAGCGGCGGGAUCGGAGACGACGACGUCGGGGGGGGGCGGGGGCGCGAACGGCUGCGCACGGGGGUUUCCGCUCCUGUUGCGCGAGGCGUUGAUGCUUGUGACGCGCGCGGUGCGCUCCGAGCUGGUUCCGCUGGUGCACAAGGGGUCUGAAGACGCUCGGGACGCGGCCCGCGCUCUGAUCGACACCCUAGAUGGCGAUUGCGCGGUCGAGAACAGCGCGUCUUCGGACGCGUUCGGUCUUGCCGUACACGAGCUGGCCGCGAUGUGCUCGGAGGGUGCUUCUGCUGGGGGCUGGGCGCAGCUUGGUCUCCCGCUCAGGCGACGGGCGUGUUGGCACCUCCUGAGGUGCGCCUGGUCGACCACAUACCGCUUUAGGAAGCUAGAAGACGAGGUGGAUGCUGCUGAUGCUCCUGCCCGAACGCCACCGGAAGACAUGGCUCAGCUGAGGUCUUCCCUGGCGCUUAGGGCUGACAGGUGCGCUUGCGUGCUAGCCACCGUGGGAAAAGUGAGGCUACCCCCCGCCCUCCUGACGCCGCGGUUCAAGAAGCUCGUGGCCACCAAGCAGGGGCAGGAGAACCUCCCGCUCCUCAACACCGAAGCAAGAAGAGCUACGACCACGGGAUCGCCCGCUCUGGCGGGUGCCGGUGGCGUCGAGGGGGACGGCGAGCAAGCAGGCCCCGAGGAUGCCGUGUGGGCUAGCAUGGCCGAAGAAGGGGAGGAAAACGCGGCCGUGGACAGCAGCAGCAGCAGCGGCGGCGUCGAUGCGACGUCCAGGAGCGAAGCCGUCGAAGGCGGGGGUAAGGAGGAGGGGGGUUCCGCAGGAGGAGGGGGAGGAGGAGGAGGAGGAGGAGGAGGAGGAGGAGGAGGAGGAGGAGGAGGAGGAGGAGGAGGGAGAGGUGGGCGGGAGCACCUGAUAUUGUUGUGCCGAGCCCUCCUGACGUGCUCGGCGUCUAGGACGGAGCGCGUGCGGAGCAGCACGGCGUUGCUCCUGGCCGACGCCGACAUCCCGGGAGCGCUGGAUGCCUUGCAGGAUGAGGUGGCGUCUUUGAGGCGAGCGCUGCGACAACGAGAAGCCCAGCUCACCCGAAAGGACAGCCAGAUGGGUGACCUGCGAGCGCAGGUUGCCGCCGGGGCAUUCAUGUAG